GGAAUUCGAUAGGGAAAACUUUAUUUGAUCCUCAAACCAAGAUGAAAAGACUUGUUAGUGACAUUCGAUUUUGUAAAGAGUAUAAUAUUCAACAAUAGGGCCUUUCGAUUCUAUAUACCCCCUUGUACCAAUAUAUUUCCUUUCCCCAGAUGUUAGCUUGCCGGCCAGCAAGGCUACUGCCGCUUCAUCGUUAAGCUUCGAGAAAGUGUCAAAUUGAGCCCCUACUCAGCCUCAAGUGGAGGUGUCUAGAAAGACUUUGAAUAUCUGAUAGAAACGACUCGGAUAAGGUCAAGAAGUCUAUCCGAGUGCUUUUGGUAAUAUUCAUGACCUCUACUGCCAUCGAUAUCUUCCUUUGCUUAGCUCAAGUGGAAAGUUACAAUAAAAGGUCUACAGCUACCCACAUAUUUACCCAUAUAUUCUUUAUUUUUCGGCACUCUUUCCUUAUUAGCUCGGUCUUUUCACGACUUUUCGAAUCCACCGAUUCGAAAGGGGUCAACAACGUCCUGACACAAGACUAAACCCGAGAUUUUGAGAGAUUCCUAGAGUUGAUCUCCCGCUUCUGCAGCUUCUAUGACAUGGAUUCCAGAACACCCAGACACCGAACUGCAUGUGAUGCAUGCAAACGAAUGAAGAUCAGAUGCGAAUGGGAUCAGGAAGGAAAAUGCAAUCGUUGCCAUGGACGGGAGAUGGAGUGCACCGUCACGACAAAGGAGCGGAAAAAGAGAGAGAGAAAGAAGGUCAAUAAUAUCUCUCUCUUAGAAGAUAGGCUGAAACGUAUGGAGUAUGCUAUGACAUCUUCAGGGCUUAGUAUUGAUGCCUCUGGUGUUGAAAGACAGAUGUCAGAGGAGAUAACCGAUCAAGCCGGCAUGUUUGAAAAGUUCUCUGCGCUCACUAUAAGUAAUAGCGGAAGUGAAAACUUUAGGGGUGCUGCUUCUGGAUUCUCCAUGCUUUCACCAGAAGGUCUUCAACUUAUCACCAAAUUGACUGGAAAUAACGAUUUUGCAAAUUUCAUGGCUUCUACAAACUUUACAACAAUGAACCAAUACUCUGUGUCCUCGUCAAUAUGGCAUGCGAUGCCUGAUGAUCAACACAAGCCGCUUCCACCCAAGGAAGUUGCAGAUAAGGCCUUGGAAUUUAUUUUUGAUAGAAUGAUGAUCACGUGGCCUCUAUUUGACCGAAAGACCUUUAUGGAACGGUACUCACGCAAAUAUCCGGUCAAAUGUUCAGAAGACCCUGCUUGGUAUGCGUGUCUCAACAUCUGUUUUGCUCUUGCUACGAUCAUGCGCAAAGAAGAAUUGCCUGGAAGUUCGCCUCGAACGCCUCAAACUACAAAGUCUACAGGGCCUGAAGAACUGGAGAAUAUGGCUUGGUGGAGAUGGCUUCGGAACGCAGCCAGUACUUUUGUUGAUAUGCAAUUUGGACCACCUUCUCUCAUGGCUGUGCAGGCAAUGUCUGGACUUGCAUUCAUUCUAGACACACUGUCAGAUCCAUAUCCAUCUUCUGUUGUAUCUGCAGCAGCGAUUAGACUUGCACAAACCAUUGGCCUUCAUCGUAACAUGUCCAAUUCCGGCCUUGAUGAGGCUGAAAUAGAGCAAAGACGCAACGUUUUCUGGAUUGCCGUCAUGAUUGAACGUGGCAUAGUCAUUCGUCAAGGUCGUCCAUCACUGAUUCAUGAUGAAGAUAUUGGGGUGGACUUACCACCUGCAAGUCAAUAUCCAAAGAACGCCGAGGGAAGAUUUGUUACGUUUCGUCAUAAUGCUACUUUAUCAUUACUUCACGGUCGAGUAUACAGUAGACUAUACUCUGCAAAAUCGUUUACCAAAUCGAAAACGGAGAGACUGAAGAUGGUUGGAGUGCUAGAUGAUGAACUUCAGCAAUGGUGCGAGACUAUUCCAAUUGAAGUUCGACCGGGCCACCCUAUAAAAUGCGAUGAACAUCAUAUAGUUUCGGUUGUUUGUAUGCAAUGGGGUUAUUACCAGUGUCUUAGUACCAUUCAUAGAGCAUCAUUAUAUUGUGGCCCAGGCUCCAUGGACGAUGAUGAUGGCGAUAAAUCCCAAAAUGAUUUCGAUUGGAAACUGAAUCCACGAGUAUAUGCCAGCGCUGCGAUAUGUGUUAAUGCAGCAAGGAGAACGAUCAAUUUAUUGGAAGAUUGUACAAGACUAUCAAACCCUAUAGAAGGAAAUGUUUUACGCAUGUCUAUUUACAAUGCACUUGCAGCAUGUGUUACUCUUUUUGCAAAUAUUCUUCAACAUCCUCUUGAGCCACAAGUACAGCCUGAUCUUCAAUUAAUGAGUGAUGUAGUAUCAUUUCUAUCUAGCUUUGAAGAUCAAGGCGCAGCGGAGAGUCACCCAUCAGUACCAAUCUUUCAAGAAAUCAACCGUGUCGCCGUGGAACAUGUUAAGAAGGCACAACGUAGAGCUCCGAAACUCACUAAGAGAUCACGAGCUAGAUCCUGUAAUAAUGAAGAACCGGAUACAGAAAGUGAUUACUCGGAUGAUGAAGAUUACAGGGCAGAGGAGUUGGAGAGUCGCAAGACACUCUCCGAGGUACAAGAUCCAGGAUCUCCGGUAUCACCUGUUAACUCGGCAAAUCUUCAAGCAUCUCCUUUCUCUUCAGCACAACCACCGCCGUCCAACAUUUCAACGGGUAUACAAUCAUUCGAAUCCAACUCGUCGAGUUAUAUACCAGAACACAUUCCUACAUCUAUACACCAAAACUACAUUAGACAACAAGCAGCACAAAUUGCUCAUCAAUCUCCCCCAUUUUAUGAAUCAAGUCCUCAUGUACUACACAUUACCAAUCUCCCCGACAUUGAUGAGCAACACCAAGCUAUCAAUCCUUCAGAUUACCCUGAUCCAUCUAUAGACCCUCGACUCGGAUCCCAAUCCCAAUCUUACUCUUCACAAGCUUACACACAUACAUCCCACCCCGCUACCGGAUUCUACUUUUCCUCUUCGGAUCAGCAUCAGCAUCAGCAUCAACAAAAUAUAAAUUCACAUCACUCGGAAACAUAUACAAAUACAUUGUCCAAUCCACAUGCCAGUCCGCAAGAUCUGGUAAGUCAAGAGGAAGAACCUCUGCUUCCGCAAGAUGGGAGUUGGUUUUUUCCGACGAUUAGUCCGUGGUCGUAUGGGGAUGGAUCGAAUGUUAAUUUGAAUGGGGUUGGUGCGGUGAUGGGGGGCGUGGGUGAAAAUGAAGGGGCGAUGUGGAGACAUGGUGAGAAUGGUGGUGAGGGAGGGGGGUUGGGAGGUUGGAAUGGUCAUGGGUAGUGGUGUGUGAGGUUGAGAGAUGUAUGGUGGUAGUGUGAAGCUUAAUGCUAGUCGAGAAAUCUUGAUCAAGUCGAUAGUUUGUAUAUACAGGCAUGAUUCAUGCGAUCUGGGCGGAGGAGGAUGGAAGGAGGAAGGUGUAGGCUUGGAUAGUCAUCAUACCAUUUCACUACUACGAAUUUUGAAUACCAGUUUUAUUCCUCUUGAGCA